CCGGUCCGGGACGGCGACGCAGCACGCCGGCGGCGCGACAGGGACGGGCUAGAGUUCCGCAGCCCGCCGCAGCCGCCGCCUCGCCGGGGCCGGGCCGGAGGGCGCAGCGGCUGGCGAGCGGCCUGUGAGGCGGCCGGCGCGGCGGGCGUGGAGCCAGCGUCCUGUCAGGCGGCCGCGGGCGCCGCGGACCGCGCCACGAUGAUGCCGAUGAUAUUAACCGUGUUCUUGAGCAACAAUGAGCAAAUAUUAACAGAAGUUCCUAUAACACCAGAAACAACCUGUCGAGAUGUGGUAGAGUUUUGUAAGGAACCUGGAGAAGGCAGUUGUCACUUAGCUGAAGUAUGGAGGGGAAAUGAGCGCCCAAUACCCUUUGACCACAUGAUGUAUGAUCACCUGCAGAAGUGGGGGCCCCGCAGGGAAGAAGUGAAAUUUUUUCUUCGGCAUGAAGACUCCCCAGCUGAGAGCAGUGAACAAGGUAGCCGUCAGACCCAAGAGCAGAGAGCUCAAAGAAGUGUAAUGAGUGUACCCGGAGAAAAACGCACUGAAAAUGGGGUUGGGAAUCCGCGUGUGGAACUUACCCUCUCAGAGCUCCAAGACAUGGCAGCCAGGCAACAGCAACAAAUUGAAAAUCAGCAGCAAAUGUUGGUUGCCAAGGAACAGCGUUUGCAUUUUCUAAAGCAACAGGAGCGACGCCAACAACAAACUAUUUCUGAAAAUGAGAAGCUUCAGAAAUUGAAAGAGCGAGUUGAAGCACAGGAAAACAAGCUGAAGAAAAUUCGUGCCAUGAGAGGACAAGUGGACUACAGCAAAAUCAUGAAUGGCAAUCUGUCUGCUGAAAUAGAAAGGUUCAGUGCCAUGUUCCAGGAGAAGAAGCAGGAGGUACAAACUGCAAUUUUGAGAGUUGAUCAGCUUAGCCAGCAACUGGAAGAUUUAAAGAAGGGAAAACUAAAUGGGUUCCAGUCUUACAAUGGCAAGUUGACAGGACCAGCAGCGGUGGAGUUAAAAAGACUGUACCAAGAGCUACAGAUUCGUAACCAGCUUAACCAGGAACAGAAUUCAAAACUCCAGCAGCAGAAGGAACUCUUAAAUAAGCGCAACAUGGAGGUGGCCAUGAUGGACAAGCGAAUUGGGGAGCUGCGUGAACGUCUUUAUGGCAAGAAAAUUCAGCUGAAUCGUGUGAAUGGCACAUCGUCACCGCAGUCCCCCCUGAGUGCGUCUGGCAGGGUUGCUGCCGUGGGGCCUUACAUCCAAGUUCCCAGUGCUGGGAGCUUUCCUGUCCCAGGGGAUCCCGUAAAGCCCCAGUCUCUCACCAUCGCCUCCAGCGCUGCCCACGGAAGAGCAAAACCCGCUAAUGAUGGAAGCUGGCCAACAUUAAAGCAGAAUUCUGGCUCUUCAGUGAAGCCAACACAGAUGUCCAGUGCGGACUGGAAGGACCCAGUGAUGGAGGGGACCCUCAAGCAGGGUGCUAUCUCAAGCCAGCCGGUGCCUCUGUCAGCUCUGGGAAGCACUGAGAAGCUGGGCAUCGAGAUUGGUAAAGGCCCACCUCCUAUCCCUGGUGUGGGAAAGCCACUGCCUCCAAGCUAUGGGACAUACCCGAGUCCUGCGCCACUAGCCCCCGGCUCAACGGGCUCUCUGGAGAGGAGGAAAGAGGGCAGCUUGCCCAGACCCAGCACUGGCGGGCCCAGUCGGCAGAAACCUGCUCCGCUGCCACCAGCAGGCAGCGCCCCACAACCUGGCUCAUCGCAGCAGAUUCAGCAGAGGAUCUCAGUGCCACCAAGUCCCACGUACCCGCCAGCAGGGCCACCUGCAUUUCCAGCUGGUGAUGGGAAACCUGAUCUCCCACUAACAGUGGCUAUCCGGCCCUUUCUGGCUGAUAAGGGCUCAAGACCACAGUCUCCCAGGAAAGGACCCCAGACAGUGAAUUCAAGUUCCAUCUAUUCCAUGUACCUCCAGCAAGCCACACCACCCAAGAACUUCCAGCCAGCAGUGCACGGCACCUUAAAUAAGUCCAUUAAAGCAGUGUACGGCAAGCCUGUCUUACCAUCGGGGUCCGCGUCUCCGUCCCCCUUACCCUUUCUCCAUGGGCCCUUGGGCACUGGCACAUCACAGCCGCAGCCCUCUUCAGAAUGUGCUGACAAAGAGCCAGAGCAAGAGGGCCCGGCCGCGCCCGGGGACGGCAGCGCAGUGGAGAGCCUGCCGAGGCCGCUCAGCCCCACCAAGCUCACCCCCAUCGUGCACUCCCCGCUGCGCUACCAGAGCGAUGCGGACCUGGAGGCCCUCCGCAGGAAGCUGGCCAACGCGCCCCGGCCCCUGAAGAAGCGCAGCUCCAUCACAGAGCCCGAGGGCCCCGGCGGGCCCAACAUCCAAAAGCUGCUCUACCAGCGCUUCAACACGCUGGCUGGUGGCAUGGAAGGCACCCCUUUCUACCAGCCCAGCCCCUCGCAGGACUUUGUGGGCACUCUGGCCGAUGUAGAUAACGGGAAUACCAAUGCUAAUGGCAAUGUGGAUGAGCCCGCGCCCGCCCAGCCCACAGUCCCCCUCCCCGAAGAGCCCGCCCCUUCCUCCGAUGCCAAUGAUAACCAGUUACCUUCCCCAGAGCCCCAGGAGCUCAUCUGUCCCCCAACCACCCACCACACCGCAGAGCCCACCGAAGACAACAACAACAACGUGGCCACGGCCCCCUCCACAGAACAAACCCCCAGCCCCGUGGCUGAGUCCCCAUCUCUGGGGGAGGAGCAAGUCCCUCCAGCACCCCUCCCUGCCGCCGUCCACCCUCCAGCUGCCUCCACGAGCAAAAGAACCAACCUGAAGAAGCCCAACUCCGAGCGGACGGGACAUGGGCUCAGAGUACGCUUCAAUCCCCUGGCGCUACUUCUAGAUGCUUCUCUGGAAGGAGAGUUUGAUCUGGUGCAGAGGAUCAUCUAUGAGGUGGAAGACCCCAGCAAGCCCAAUGACGAGGGCAUCACCCCCCUCCACAACGCAGUCUGCGCCGGCCACCACCACAUUGUGAAGUUUCUGCUGGACUUCGGUGUCAACGUGAAUGCUGCCGACAGCGACGGAUGGACACCGCUGCACUGCGCUGCUUCCUGCAACAGCGUGCACCUCUGCAAGCAGCUGGUGGAGAGCGGCGCUGCCAUCUUCGCCUCUACCAUCAGCGACAUUGAGACUGCUGCAGACAAGUGUGAAGAGAUGGAGGAAGGCUACAUUCAGUGCUCCCAGUUUCUCUAUGGGGUGCAGGAGAAGUUGGGAGUGAUGAACAAAGGCACGGUAUAUGCCCUGUGGGACUAUGAGGCGCAGAACAGCGACGAGCUGUCCUUCCACGAAGGGGACGCCAUCACCAUCCUGAGGCGCGAGGAUGACAGCGAGACGGAGUGGUGGUGGGCUCGCCUCGGGGGCCGGGAGGGCUAUGUGCCCAGAAACCUCCUGGGGUUGUAUCCACGGAUCAAGCCCCGGCAGCGGACGCUCGCAUAGACCCCCCCGGAGCACCUGUCUCCCAGCCUCCCCGGAGCUGCUGGAGAGGAUUCUGCAGCCCCAGAAAGACCUAAGUUAGGACGGUCUCAUGGUGCUCAUUUUAGCAGACAGCGUCCACAAUGUGAAUUCUGCACUCCCCAGUCUGCCGCAGCUGGAGAGGCCUUUGCCUCUGAGACAACUGAACUUUGCCAAUUACUGUAAAUCCAAAUAAAUAUCCAGCUUCCAAAACACCCCCCCAUGUUGCCA